AUGGACUCUUCUAAAAGUGGUUUUGAUGAAUCUGUAAAAACAAAUUCAGUUAGCAUUCCAUCCUAUCUUGGUCGACUUCGUCUACGAACUCAUCAUGAUGAUGAUACUGCAAGCUGUGCGUCGAUAUUUUCUGAUCCAUUUUCACGAAAACAUCUACUCUUUCUUCAACCGCCAAAUGGAUGGAAAAACGCCGAACAACAAUGGACGGUGGAAGAUUUUACUGAUCGAGUUAAUGUCCAAAAAGCAACACGAGCGAAUGGAAAAAGCUGUGUUUUAAACAUCAUUUUAUUAGCAUCAAUAUCCGGAGAAGAAACUGAUCGUUGUAUUGGCACAACAGGUUUUGUUACAAUUGACAAUGACAUUGGUUAUUUAGGCAUCAUUAGUGAUCAUAAAACAACGCGAUUGGGAUAUGCAACCGAAGCGCUUUAUACAUCGAUUGUAUUCGCAUUCGAAAAGUUAGGCGUGAAGAAAAUAAUUAUGCAAACUGAUGAAUUGAACGAAGAGAUGAGAGGUUGGUGCGAAAACACAGCAGGAUUCAAAUUAGACAGUAAGAAACCUAAGGAACUGAAUGGUUAUUCAUUUAUACAAUACGAAUACAUGUUCACGUUAGACGAAUGGAAUGAUUCAAUUAAAACUCGCUUAGAAGAGAAAAUGAACAAGAUUUAUAAAAAAUAA